GGGGAGUUGACACGUAGCGUCCGAGCAAGCCGAACGGUGGGGUUGUAGGGGUGCUACAGGGCUCGCGUCCGCGGACUACGCGGGGAAGUUAGGGUCUUGUUACGGAGGCGCUGCAGGUGGGUCACCGAGGGCGGGAGCCUCUGAUUGUGGCGCGCGCUGCUUUUCUGUCUGCAGCGGCGUCCAGAACGUGGGCAGGGCGGGGAAGGCAAGGAAGAGAAGAGCCCCAUGCAGCCUUUCCCAGCCCUGUCCUCGUUGGAAGGCUUCGUAUUUUCCAGCCAGCUCUUCGUUGUGGCUUCUCUGGUUUUGGCAGGCCGUUUCAUACGGGAAGGGUGUGUGGGUGUGGGUGUUGUUUCGCUGGUUGAAAAAUGGGAGCGUUGAAAAGGUGGCAAAUUGUGACACCCUCUUCCUUCCAACGCGCGCAGCCUUGUUGCUAGGGUCAUAUCUUAGCUGUCUGUUCAUAAAAGAAAGAUUACAAUGUCUGGGUUUGACAACUUGAAUACAGACUUCUACCAAACAAGUUACAGCAUUGACGAUCAGUCACAGUCAUAUGACUAUGGAGGAGGAACAUACAGCAAACCAUAUAGUGGCUAUGAGUAUUCUCAGCCAAGUGGAUAUGUCCCUCCAGAGAUGAUGCAGCAACAGCAGCCUUAUACUGGUCAGAUAUUUCAGCCAUCACCAACUUAUACUCCAUCCUCACCACAAUCUUUCUAUGGAAGCAAUUUUGAAGAUGAGCCACCCUUACUAGAAGAACUAGGGAUCAAUUUUGACCAUAUUUGGCAGAAGACCCUCACAGUACUUCAUCCUUUAAAAAUAGCAGAUGGCAGCAUCAUGAACGAAACGGACUUGGCAGGACCGAUGGUGUUUUGCCUAGCCUUUGGUGCCACCUUAUUGCUGGCUGGCAAAAUUCAGUUUGGCUACGUGUAUGGGAUUAGUGCAAUUGGGUGUUUAGGAAUGUUCUGCCUCCUAAAUUUAAUGAGCAUGACAGGUGUCUCAUUUGGCUGUGUUGCCAGUGUCCUAGGAUACUGUCUCCUUCCUAUGAUCGUACUUUCCAGCUUUGCAGUAGUAUUUUCAUUACAAGGCAUGAUGGGAAUAAUUCUUGCUGCUGGAAUUAUCAGCUGGUGUAGUUUUUCAGCUUCCAAAAUCUUCAUUUCAGCCUUAGCAAUGGAAGGACAGCAACUUUUAGUCGCCUAUCCAUGUGCUUUAUUAUAUGGAGUCUUUGCCCUCAUAUCUGUGUUUUGAGUGUGGUAUCUUUACUACUGGACUGAAAUGGGCCAAACUGAAAAGCAUCCACUUGGGACCCUUUGCUUGGGACUGGAAAGCAGCUGUUGGGUUGCUAUCAUGAAAGGUUAUUGCUUAAAUUGUCUGAUGGAGCAACAGAAAUGUGUUUUUUGUGUUCUUUUUUAUAAGAUUCUUGAAUGCAGUUUUGAAUCGAGCUGUAAUCUAUAGCUGUCAUACAGGCUCAUGCUUAUACUGUAUAAAAUGUAAAGCCCCCCCCCCCCACUUCUGAUCUCUGGCAAGAUAUACUUGAUAUGAAAACUUUUAUAGUUUAUAAGUUUUUAUAGAUAAGGAUAAAUGAAAUGCUAAACAUCGCUUUUGCUUCUUCCAUGUUGCCACCCAACAACAGUUGUAAACAAAGGAUACACAUUCCAUUUUUUGUACAGAUUUAACAGACUGAAAAAUUUAUGUCAAUAUGAGUUCCAUCAUAAAGCAAAGCAGAAUGGUCUAAAUACACCUUCCCAAAGUUACAGCACCCCACUUAGAUCAUUCUGUUUACAGUGAGAAUGGUUCACAGGGCUUUCCAUGCUCAAAGGUUGAUGAUGUUUAAAUGUUUCAGUUUUGAUGUAUUUUAUAUAAAGCCAAGAAGGUCUUGUUCUGAUGCUAUAAAUCAGUUGUCGCUUUUUGAUGAACUAUUGAAUACCAAGCUGUGUGGCAAAUAACAAAUUUGUCAAUACUGCAGUCCAGGGGUGGCCAACGGUAGCUCUCCAGAUGUUUUUUUUGCCUACAACUCCCAUCAGCCCCAGCCAUUGGCCAUGCUGUCUGGGGCUGAUCGGAGCUGUAGGCAAAAACAUCUGGAGAGCUACCGUUGGCCGCCCCGCCGGUGUAGUCUAAUACAGAAUGCACAGAUCAGAUUUCCAGAACUGCUGAAAAUCAUUGACUCUUUAAUACCCCAAAGUCCCUACAUUGUGCCCAACAUUGAAUUGCCAAGGUUUUUUUAACUAAAUGAUACUGGACUUGGUUCCCAUUGGAGCAGCAUUACAUUUAGUAGCAUUUGCAAAGCUUCAAAAUAAGUAGCAUUUUUAACAACUUUGUUAAGUUCCAUGUAAAAAUUUUGUUUGUCAGAGUAAUUAUUCGCUCCCCUGGUUAAGCAAGUAAAAUGGAGAAGCUAACCUUAAGGAUUUUUGUUGCAGACUGGUAAUACAUACUGGCUUUUCCUAUUGGACUAUA